CUACAACCUCGAGUCACCGCUUUUAACGAACUGGUGUUUUUUUUUCCGGUGAAAAUAAGAACGAAGGACAAGGAGAGAAAGGAAAACACGCAUCUCGCGGAUUUAAAAAUGGGGACUUCAGAGGACCCGGCUCGUGAUCUGGCUGUCGAUGAAAACGCAGCUCACGACCCCGCAGCAGUUACCACGCCACCAGCGCUAAAAACGGAAACGAUAAUCGAAAAGAAGCAGGUCCUCUCUUUCGCGCCAAUAAAUCGCAUCUCCUCUGCUUCAACUUUCCGGCAACAGCUUUUGGACAUUCGAAAGGACACGGUGCGAAGCUUGGCGCUGUCCUCGGAUGCGAGCACCGCCCCUGCCGGGACUGCCCUUCAACAUCCGCAGAACCUGCAGUCUGAUCGCACUCUCUCCACGGCGACCGCGGUGCCUACGUCGAGCCCGAAAGGCGCUUCGACGACCGUGCUUCGCCGGACAGUCGGCUGUCUCUGCCUCGGCGUCUGGGGCCUACCAGUUGCGAUAUUCAUAGUGUUGACUCAGUUCUUCAGCUGCGGAGAAAUCGAUACUGACGAGGCGAUCAUUGCGGUCGCCUACGCAGCCGGUUGCAUUUUGGGGCUACUUACGAUGCCCAUUUGGGGCCCGGUGCUGUGGUUUCUCUCUCGGUCGAAGAGAAAGGCCGAACUGCAAAAUGAAGUAGUGCUCCGACAAGACACGUCCGCUGCCAGUAGCGUAGGAUCGUCUAUUGUCCUUCAGGUUGAAGAAACAGGUCAGAAAAAUGGAAAUGCGCAAGUCGAGCGGCCGCGCCUCCUCACUCUCGCGAAAAAAGAUGGCGCAACGGCAGGCCGAGCACCUGCUGCAUCCGCUGGGGAAGCCGCCGAGGAAAAAGGACAAGGCGGCGGACCUGCAAAAGAAGUUUCCUCAGAGGGGAUGUCGGGAAAAGGUAACUUUCAAAGUGCCGGAGAAAUCAUAAAGAGGCCCGACGAGGGCCGUGUGGAGCCGCUUAGUGGAACUUCCCUAUCAUCAUUCUCAGUCUCCAUCGGUACCGAUUCCGUUCCUGAAGUCGACACUACCAAGAUCGACACAACUGGUGAGCGCUAUCGUGCCUCGAAUCCUGUUGUUUUUGCGUCCUUCUUGAAGAACGGUCUGCGGGCCGGUCUGAAAAGGACCACUUCCAUUAUAUACAUGCCUGUCGAUUGAUAAGACGAGGACUCUCAUGAAACCAAAUCGAUCCACGUCAUUAUACCUAUGUAAAAGUCCGUGAGGCGCCGCAGCGCAGAAUUCGGCGUCUCUAGUGCCGUGUAAUUUUCUAUCCACACUGAAAACAUACAAGAAAAACUAAAACAAUGGAAACAACAAAGGGAAAGGGAAUGGACAUGGUCACUGCGAACGAAAUUUCGUCGAGAAAUGAAAUUAGAAUGUAGCAUGCCUCGUGCGCCAGGCCUGAGCAUGUGUGUGAAGAUUAUGAUCAGCUCAACAAGAGUGUGCGAUCACACUGGAC